AUGGCAUCUUUAUGGAAUGGUCGGUUCAAAUGGGACAAGCUUCCGGACGAGGUGAAAUGUAUUAUCGUCGAGCAUGUGCCGGAUUUCGUAUCGUACAACAGCCUCGCGAAGUUGAGCAAAGCCGUAUACAAAACACUCACCCUUCCUAUGGGCCGUGAGGUAGUCUCCCGCCUUGCGCUGGAAGAUGCCAGGAGGAUGCAAUCGCCAGCAGCCCUGUUGGAUCUUCUCAGGCGCAUCAGAUUGGACGCUCCGAUUGUCUAUGGUAUCCAUAUGCAACGAAUCAUUAGUAUCUACGCUUACGAAUAUCUUUGUGGUCAGCACUUACAGGCUUGUUAUAAUCUUAUGGAAAAGCUCAUGCGUAGCAUUCCCAACAAACUGUCCGGGAGGUACUGGAAUUCAACUCACCCUCCACAGUCAUAUCUGGACCUGUUCAGAGAAAUCCAACCACUCAUAAGCACACAAAUUGUAGACCAUACCUGGGGCUGUACCUUCCAUCAUAGAUUUCUCAAUCACUACCAUGAGGGUGUCUGGGGUUUGAUUGGUUCAUUUUUGUAUACUCGGUACCAAAACGAUGACAAUGAAUGGAAUCAAUUUGGAUGGUCAACAAUACCCUCUCGUAUUCUAGCCCCACAGAAGACCAGACUCUUUGCAGAUUCUACGAAGACCACACUGGAAGAAUUGUACCUUGAAGAGGCGUACAUAAGGCUUCUUUCCCUCGUCGAACUCCCAUUUAGGAGAUACGAAGACAAGAGUACGGUACCCAAACGGCUGCACUUCCAGGAUGUAGCCUUCAAUUCACUUGGAAGGCUUUGGGAGAAAAUGGGAUCAGAGCGGGAUGUUGCAGUGAUUGCUCAUCAUCAUAACUGUACCACAGGCAUCGUGAGGCGUUGGAUGAAUAUAUGGGAGCUUUUCGACCAAGAAGAAUAUGCAGCCACUUGCACAGUGCUUGAAAUACUUGACUCCGAGGCACUCCAAAUCAAACCGAAUGAGAAGAAACUCGACGAUAUACAUGAAACCUGGGUCAAGUGA